UUGGGCAUCGCGGCGGCACCGGGCACAGCGGAGCGGCACACGCGGGAUCUGCCCCCGCCUCUUCCGGGGCCACCGGCACCGCCCGUUCCGGUGGCGGCAGCGGCACCAUGGGGGUCACCUGCGUGUCGCAGGUGCCGGUGGCCGAGGGCAAGAGCGUGCAGCAGACGGUGGAGCUGCUGGCGCGGCGGCUGGAGGCGCUGGGCGCGGACAAGCAGGGCACGUUCGGCGUGGACUGCGAGACCUAUCACACCGCGGCCACCCUCGGCACGCAGGGGCAGACAGGGAAGCUCAUGUACGUCAUGCACAACUCCGAGUACCCGCUGAGCUGCUUCGCCCUCUUCGAGAACGGGCCCUGCCUGGUGGCCGAUGCCAACUUUGACACCCUCAUGGUGAAGCUCAAGGGCUUCUUCCAGAACGCCAAGGCCAACAAGAUCGAGAGCCGCGGCACCCGCUACCAGUACUGCGACUUCCUGGUGAAGCUGGGCACGGUCACCAUGGGCCCCAGCGCCAGGGGCAUCUCCGUGGAGGUGGAAUACUGCCCCUGUGUGAUCGCCAACGACUGCUGGAACCUGCUGAUGGAGUUCAUGCAGAGCUUCAUGGGCAGCCACACGCCCGGCAUCCCGUCGGUGUUCGGCUCCAAGCACGACAGCGCCUACAGCCCCGGGGACACCAUGGUGCAGUACAUGGAGCUCUUCAACAAGAUCCGCAAGCAGCAGCAGGUGCCCGUGGCUGGCAUCAGGUGAUGGAAAUAUCAAAAUCUGCUGCCUCCCUUGGAUCCAUUGGUUCUGCGGUUUUGUGGACAGUGUUUGGACAGUGAGAGGAGAAAUUCCAGAAAAUUACAGACAUCUCUUAAAUUUCUAUUAUUUUUUUAUAUCCACGUUGGUGUUUUGUUGUAUUUCAUCCCAAUAAAAGGAAGGGUUUUGGGAGGAGGAGUUGUCCCUGCACAGUGAGGUUUGUGCUGUAAAUUUCCAAUCUUUUUUGGAUUUAAUAAAUUUAAUCAGCACAGGGCCCAGAAAGAGAUGGUUCAUGAGCCAUAAAAAAUGGCACAAUGUCCCCUAAGUGAGGUAAAAAUUCCAACAUGCUGAAUACACUGAAUUUUUUGCAGCUCUUAGCCCCAAGUUCACGACUGUUCAGUGGUGAAAAUUCACUGUCCUGAACUGGGAGAACUUUAAGAAACAAACUGGGAUUUUUAGGGAUUGUUAUCCCUGUCCUGUUUCCCAUUACAAACCUUAAAGUUUAAAAUAAAAAAAUCCCUGUUAAUGAG